AAAGAGGACCCGCACUUCUUGACCCCAAGCUUUCUUCGGGCUUCCCACUACUUAUUUUGCCAUCGUGACUCGGAAUUGAAAGCAUUCGAAUCUUUCCCUCAACACUCUUUCGCGAAAACCUUGACCAGCUUUCGUGUAUCGCGAUAUCAUCAAAUUAUCAAACAUUAUCUCCCACAACCGUCACGAUGCUGUCCAGAACCAUCCGCACGCUCUCCCGACGGGCACUGUCAACGCCUCUCCGCCCGUCCACUCUCACAACAACUCCCCGUGUGCUCGCACCGGCCGCUUCCAUCGGUGCAACCCGCCAGUAUCACGAGAAGGUGAUUGACCACUACGCCCGGCCGCGGAAUGUCGGGUCGAUGGACAAGAAGGACCUCGACGUGGGUACCGGGCUGGUGGGUGCUCCGGCCUGCGGCGACGUCAUGAAACUCCAGAUCCGCGUGGACCCCGACACAAAUACCAUCGCCGACGUCAAGUUCAAGACUUUCGGGUGCGGGUCGGCUAUUGCGAGCUCUAGUUACCUGACCGAACUGGUGCGGGGCAUGACGCUGGACCAGGCGAGCAAGGUGAAGAACACACAGAUUGCACAGGAACUCUGCCUGCCUCCCAUCAAACUCCACUGCUCCAUGCUUGCCGAGGAUGCCAUCAAGUCGGCCAUCUCCAACUACUACACCAAGAACCCGAAUGCGAAGUCUACGAAUCUCGGCGGUACCGAGAUCAAGAUUGACUCGGCGGCAGCUCCUGCUGCGGCGGCGUAAUGCUUGAGGGCCGAGGAAUAUCAGAUUGGUUGCCGAGAAGAGGCGUGAAGGAAGGCGAAGUCUUGGAGACAGUGCGUGAUAGGCGAGGAAGAUGAUGCAAGCGGGUCCUUGGGGACUCAUCCUUGGGAAUUCACAGGCCGCCAUUUGGCAAUCGACUUCGGAAGGAUCGGGCAAACGAGUAUCUCAUCAAGGGGACUUCUCUCUGGUUGGAGUUCAGGUCUGGGGAGCUAACUGCUUCUUCUCCUUUUGGUCUGUUGGAGCCAAAAGCCCCGGGGGUAAAUUCCCCCAUGUAAAGUGCAUAGCAAAGAUAAAAUCAAGACAAAAACAAUGAAAGUCGCCACCACUUGGUCCG